AUGUGCGGCACUGAUAAUGGCACGGCCGGCGCCGCGGUCAAGCAUCCGGCGCAGAACCAGAACCCCGCCACCUCGGCUUAUAGCCAAGUGCAAGACUACUUGAGCAACGUCAACAACUACAAAAUCAUUGAGAGCACGCUGAGGGAAGGCGAGCAAUUUGCCAAUGCUUGGCUGUCGCAAGCUCAGAAGAUCAAGAUCGCAAAGAUGCUCGACGAAUUCGGUGUCGAUUACAUCGAAUUGACUUCGGUCGUCUCGAGUCCAGCUGCUUUUGAAGACUGCAAGGCUAUCUGCAAUCUGGGUCUGAAGGCCAAGAUUCUCACACAUGUCCGCUGCAAUAUGGACGACGCCAAAAAGGCGAUAGAGGCCGGCGUGGACGGCGUAGACCUCGUCAUCGGGACGAGUAGCCUACUAAGGGAACACAGUCAUGGGAAGAGCAUGGAAAUCAUAACGAAGACUGCGCUCGAGGUCAUUGAAUACGUCAAGUCCAAGGGCGUUGAAGUGCGCUUUUCGUCAGAAGACUCCUUCCGUUCCGAUCUGGUCGAUAUCCUGGCGCUCUACAAGGCCGUUGACAAGGCUGGAGUAGACCGCGUUGGGGUUGCGGAUACGGUUGGAGGAGCUACUCCGCGAAUGGUCUACGAUCUAAUCCGAACUCUCCGAGGUGUUGUUGGCUGCGAUAUUGGUAGGUCCCUCCUUCUCUUUGCGGAUCUGUCGUUGGGGACAAACCCUUUUCUCAAUUCGGGCGACCUUGCCCUAUCAACCUCGAUCUGGCCACGCAGAAGGCCCUUCCAUCACCUCGACCGUCAUGCGUUUCAAUUUGGUGCCAGUGACCGGCGUCUUUGGUUGCAAGGAGAGGAGACAACAGGCUUCAACGACGUUUUCAGGGCACGGCACCUUUUGAACGCAUUGAUGGCCCUCGAAGCAGGCGCUUCGCAUAUCGAUACCAGUAUACUUGGUAUCGGCGAACGAAACGGCAUCACACCACUAUAUAAUCUCAAGAUGGUUAAGGAGCUCGACGAGUUCGUAGCCAGUGUUGUUGAGGUCAACAUUCCAUUUUCGGAGCCUAUUAGCGGAUUCUGUGCCUUUACGCACAAGGCGGGCAUCCACGCCAAAGCUAUUCUGGCGAAUCCCUCGACCUACGAGAUCAUUGAUCCUACUAUCUUUGGCCUGACUCGCUACAUUUCGGUUGCUUCGAGAGUGACAGGGUGGCACGCAGUUAAGAGUAGGGUUGUGCAACUUGGCCUGGAAGACCAAUUCACAGACGAUGAAGUCAAGGCAGUCACGGCGAAGGUGAAGCAGAUGGGCGACGUUCGCCCAAUUGCAAUCGACGAUGUCGAUUCACUAAUUCACGCGCACCAUCUCGACAUUAGACAGGGAAGAGAAGGGUCGACUGCCCUGGAGACUCCCGAGACUGCUUGA